AUGAGUUUAGUGAGUUGGAAUAAUAUUGGUUUGGAUCAAAAUGGGUUUAUGGAUUAUCCAAUCCAACCCAACGUCACCUUCGUUGUUCGGGAGAAGGAGCUAAGGCGUUGUUCACCGUUCUUAGAACGCUCAUCAAUACCAGGGGAUGAUGCUGCUACUGAUUUGAGAUCUAAUGAAUGGAAGGCUGUUCCUGAUAUAUGGAGAUCAUCUGCGGAUAAGUACGGUGACAAAGUUGUUGUGCUUGAUCCCUUUCGUAUGGUUUCGUUUCAUCUGUUUCUAAAGUGUUGGAAUGUUUCUACCAUGUGUUGUUGUGGAUUUCAAAAUCCAGAUCUGCAAAGUUACGAUUUCAUAUUCCAGAUCUGCAAAACAUGUGGACGGAUAGCUUGUGGAUGGGGGUUGCAUGAAUAAGUGGUGUGUGGAUAGCUGGAGCGUGGAUGGUUGAACAAAUCUCUGGGAAUGUGUGGAUGUUUGAACAGAUCUCUAGGAACUAGUGGGUGGCUUCAACCUGAGAGAUUCUAUCGACAAAGAAGAUUAUCUUUCUUACCUUUCCUAUAUCGAACACAAACUAUAAAUUCAUGUAUUUGAUGAAAUUUGAUCCUCAUUUUUAUAAAAUUAUGUCCACAUUUUCGUUGUCCACAAUUCAUUCAUUUAUAUUUUUUUUGUAAAUGACUUAUUCAUCUAAUACUAUCUAUAAUAUUUUAAUU